UGAAGCGGCCAACACUGUACAGUACAACAGCAGUGUGAAGAUGGCGGAGGGUGAAUUGAACGUGGAUAGCCUCAUCUCUCGGCUGUUGGAAGUGCGGGGAUGUCGCCCGGGGAAGAUAGUCCAGAUGACAGAGGCGGAGGUGCGGGGUCUUUGCAUCAAAUCCAGGGAGAUCUUCCUCAGCCAACCCAUCCUGCUGGAACUGGAAGCGCCCCUGAAGAUCUGUGGUGAUAUUCAUGGGCAGUACACAGACCUAUUGAGGCUGUUUGAAUAUGGUGGCUUCCCUCCAGAGGCAAAUUACCUUUUCCUGGGUGAUUAUGUGGACAGAGGGAAACAAUCCCUGGAAACCAUUUGCCUUCUGCUUGCCUACAAGAUCAAAUACCCAGAGAACUUUUUCCUGCUCAGGGGCAACCAUGAGUGUGCUUCCAUCAACCGCAUCUAUGGGUUCUACGACGAGUGCAAGCGCAGGUUCAACAUCAAGUUGUGGAAGACUUUCACUGACUGCUUUAACUGCCUCCCCAUUGCUGCUAUUAUUGAUGAGAAAAUCUUCUGCUGCCAUGGAGGGCUGUCACCGGACUUGCAGUCGAUGGAGCAAAUCCGCAGGAUCAUGAGGCCCACAGACGUGCCCGACACAGGUCUGCUGUGUGACCUGUUGUGGUCAGAUCCAGACAAGGAUGUACAAGGCUGGGGAGAGAACGACCGCGGGGUCUCCUUCACCUUCGGAGCAGAUGUGGUCAGUAAGUUCCUAAACCGGCAUGACCUGGACCUCAUCUGCAGAGCCCACCAGGUUGUGGAGGAUGGAUACGAGUUCUUUGCCAAACGCCAACUGGUCACACUUUUCUCUGCUCCAAACUACUGCGGGGAGUUUGAUAACGCAGGCGGCAUGAUGAGUGUUGAUGAAUCCCUCAUGUGCUCCUUCCAGAUCCUAAAGCCCUCAGAGAAGAAGGCCAAGUAUCAGUACGGUGGUGUAAAUUCUGGCCGGCCCGUCACCCCACCCCGCACCACCCAAGCACCCAAGAAGAGGUGAACAUACAACCGUGGCUCUCCCUCCUCCUUCUCACCUCAUACAACCCCCGUCUGCCAUCAUGGCACCCCUCUGUAACUCCCCUGUAUAGUGAAGAUACAGGGCUUAUCUAAUUGCCCGAAUCUUUUUUUCUCCUCCUUCCUCCUUCCCCACUCAACCAACCCCUCGUCAACUCCACUGACAGCUCUUUUCUUAAUGUGUACGUGUACAUAAAUUUGCUGUGACCAAUCUUUUUCUCUUUUUUUGCCUGUUUGUUGGUAUUUUUGAUAUUAUUAACAAAUAAUCUUUUUUGGUGGUUUUAUUUCUAAUGCUUUUUUUUGUUUUCUUUCUUCUCUGGUUUUCUGGGCUUCUGUGUUGUGUAAAGGAAUGGCUACUCUGUUUAGAGCGGCAACAUGACCAAGUCACCAUAAAUCUUUUUCAAAACAAAAUGAAGGUUCAACGUUAUUUUGCCUUGACCUCUCAAAAAGCCGAGAGAAACUUUUCCGUGUGUUUCAGUUCAGACUGCGGUUUCUGUGCAAUGAUAGUUCCCUAGACACAAAUAACAUUUCUUUUAAUCCAGUUUAACAUCUUAAACUCGUUACAGCAUGUGCAGUGCACUUUGUGGUUGUUGUGCACAAGCACAUUUUAUAUAUUUAACCAAUGAGAAAGCGCAACUCCCAAUGAGUAGCAGAGAAUGUGAACAGACCGACUUGAAUGAAAUAUAGAGGCUAAAUCAGAAGCUGCUGGCAGUGACACGCUCUCCCCGAAAACAACGCCCUCUGGGCAUCGAUUUCUCCACUCUGUUAAUGCCUCCCUGCGCCACAGCUCCACUCCCACACAAAAACAUGCCGCUCUCCACAGAAAGCUGGCAUUAACCUUUUCCUUGGUGUAUUUAAUAUUUGUUCUGAUUAGGAUAAUUUGCCUUCAUUUAAAAAAAAAAAAAAAGAUCUUGAUUUAUAGUGAAAAGUGAGCGAGAGAGACUUUUUGAAUGUUUGAAUGUCUGUGGUGGGUUAAGUUCUUGCAGAAGCAUUUAUGACAAUGGUGGGUUUUAAAUGGGAGCAGCUAAUAUAAGGAGAUUGUGCUUUGCAAAGCUGGAUCUUUGUAUGGAGAGAAUAAAGAUAAGAAAUGUUAAACCACUGGCUGCAAUUUCACAGGAUUCUAAAUAAGCUCUUACAUUGUUUUAAAAAAAAAAGCUUGACAAAAUGCCCCACAAUAUUACAAGUGUUUAGUUCAACGUGCAUGUAGCACAGUGAAAACAAACACAAAGCUUUUUUAGAAGCUUUGUGGGAAAAUGCCAGCCGUCCAGGAUAAACUGAGUUGGGAGUGGGUGGCAGAGCAGGCAGUUUUAGCAUCACUGUACGAUUGUGUUGCCACCUGGUGUGUAAAUACAGUACUACAGUUAAAAAAAAAUUCUAUGAUUUCAAAUUAGGCACUUGAGGAUGGGGCUUUAUCAUAUUAGCAGUCCACACAUGGGGUGUCCUUUGCUACAAGAAGGUACUUAGACACUGGCCAGCAAUAAGCUUGGUGAAUCAGCUUUAGUGUGCUGCACAUGAGGUGCAGUUGAAAUUUUGUGAAAAACAGUUGCCUCUUUUCUUUCAUUCUUUCUACUUUGUUUUGCUCUUUGUUGUAUUUUUAUGUUGUCUGUUCACAUUGUUUACUUUCAUUUCACUUAAUUUAUUUCCUAAUAAUGAUAAUAAGAAUAAAAUGAGGUGUUACCAAAAUGUGUUUUGCAAUUUGUACAAGUUUGUUUGAAAGUCUUUAAAUUCAAUAAAAUGGAUGGAACCUAAA